CUGUGCAUUGGGACAAAAAAAAUUAUUGAUAUGUCAAUACAGAUUGAUUUGAAUAUAAUCGUCUCCUUCAAAGAAUACGGUUCAAAACCUGCAUUAAAUAAAGGUUAAUACUUAACCUGUUAUUUAUCUAAGAUGUCGUUCAGAAGUGUUUUGUGACUGCCAAUGAAAUACAAAGUCAAUAAUUCGUUUUUCUGAUUUACCAAUAAUUGUCCAAAAGUCACAUUGCCGGCUUUGAUAAUAGUCGACUCAUUUACAACAAUGAAAUUAGAAACGUCCAAAAUGAUUUAAUUUAGUAGUAGAAAAAGUGACUCAUACUUGACAACUCAGAAGUUUCAUUCAUACAAAAUGCCAAACUUUCAAUUUUCAAGCUUUUCGAUGUUCUUGUUCUCCAAUCUCUGUCCGCUGGGUUCGCUCGUUUUCUGUUCGUUGUUUGUAACUCGCUAAAGGCAAAGAGAAUACAAACGCUACGAUAGGAUCGAAAUUCCCGAUGAAUAGAUCAUUCUCUCACGGUUAUUUUCGUCGCGAGUGAUGCAACUGCCUAAUAGUUAAUUCUAAAUUGUGUAUUAAGUUUAAUAAAUUUUUAGUUAACUUAAAUUCCCUAACAUGUGAUUAUGAAUGUAAAUAUUUAAAAAAAAAAUCGCACGAAAUGGACGUGAAAGGUUCUUAUUGUGGGUGUAAUGUGGCUGUGUGAUGUGAGCUUCAUUCUAGGCUGUAUAUUGUUUGAGGACAAAGUGUUUUUCAGCGUUUCUUUUGCACAUUUCAACGGAAUUCCAAAAAAUUCCCCUGCGGCGGCUCCGUGAAGAAAUCCACGAAUCGCUGAAUAUGACAUCACCAUCAUGACCAGAAUUCCCAAAUUGUGAUAAUACUUCAGGCCUAAGGGUUCCUUUCUCAAACGUUCCUUUAGACAUAAAAAUAUAUAUUACCAAAGCCUUUUUUUUUUAAUUAGUAAAAUUAGCUGAUCGACCCCUAACCAAAGUUAAACAUAAGAAUGGCCAAUCAAAUGCCAAUUUACAGUCAGGUUGUGCCAAAAAGCCAGUACAAGCCGAAGAGCUCGAAGGCACGUCAGAACCUCACGAAACCGGACUUCGAUCCUUUGAAUUGUAACAACGGCGGUAAUUUUGCGAACGCCGACGGGAAAAUCGAUAAGGAAAAGAAAGAGAAGAGGGAAGCUAGGAGGGAAGGGAAGAGAGUUAAGAAUGAGGGCAGCGAAGGAAAGGUGGAAGCUUACUUGAGGCAGUACCAGGUCAGCAUGAGGCAGCAGCAGCACCGCCAUUCGUCCGUCAGGCAGGCCGAACAUCGUGUUAAUCUCAGAUCUCUUCCUCUAAAUGAAGGCGUCACGUCCGUUCGCGGUCACGAACGCACGCCGACUGAACGCCACCGAGGUUUCCCAUGCGACAGAGAAGGCGGUAGGGAACAUCGUCGCGAGAGAGACAAAGACAGGGAUAGAGAUAAUUUUGAUGCCGACGGAGCACAGCUGAGUCCGUCGGCUCCUCGCGACAAGGACCCACGUCCGAUGCGUAAGUCUUCGUCAUCGAAUCGCGUGCCCGAAGCCGCGACCUCGACCGACAAACGACGGUUCUUCUGCAGGGAGUGGGCGUUUCAGAAGAUCGCUCACUGUCUCGAACAGCGACCGGUCAGCAAGACUUGCGGCGUGCUGGUUCUCGGUAAUGCGGGCAGCGGAAAGACUGCACUUUGUCAAGAGCUUAGCGAGCCGGGUCAAGGUCCUCAAGCGAGGCAGCAGAGGGCAUUGAACCGGAGAUUGCUAGCCAGGCAUUUCUUGCAGAGCAACACGGAGAGCAGCCUUCGUCCUGGUGAGUUCGUUCGGUCGCUGGCGAUGCAGAUCCUCAGCCAUUCGUCGCGGCGCGCGCUGCCCGGCGCCGGUGGGGACUCGCCCGACGACAGGAACAAUUCAGAAGAAGAACGUCUUAUCAGCCGUUUCCGGGAGCUGGGCGACGAGAACGAAGAAAGCUCUAAGCCUCUUCUAGCCGACAGCGAAGAUCAACGUACGGACGAGGAAGAAACUGGUAGCGCCAGACGAACUCGAACCAUUGACCGGAUACACGAGAGGGAAGCGUAUCUGGAUUCAAUGAUCGACGAUGCCUCUUUGAGCGCCGUUGACGAUCUGCCCGAGAUCUUGCCACGGAACGCGAAGACGACGAACCCGUUCGCGAACGAGAACCGAACCGAUCCCGACUUCAGGCUGUACGAGAACCACGAGAACCUGUUCCUGCGCAACAUCUCGCAGCGGCAGUCCAAGGAGCUCAGGAACUCGAGGCUGCUGCGGCAGAGCUCGGAGCCGCUGACCGAGAAGAAGGCUCCCGCGUUACAGAAGAGCCUGUCGACGGAGCAACGGAACGAAAGCGCGCAGGACGAGAGGCCCAAAGUCGAGAACAGCCCCCCGAAGUCCAGAAUACCAGUCGCCAACUUCAUGUACCCGAACAAGAGCGGUCUGCGUUCCGCUGAGGGCUCCCCGAGGAAGGCGGAGCCGCCGAAGGUCGAGGAGCCCCCCGAGUACCAGAACGUCGUGAACGCCGACCUGGAGCCACCCGAGCUGGAGGUGCUGCUGGAGAAGAAGCGCAGCGAGAGCGCGGACGUGCCGCCGCCGAUACCGAGCCUGCCGGUCAACCCGCGGACCGUCAUAGCCAACGCUUACUACGACAAACUCCUUGCCGAACCUGAUAUACAGCAGGCGCUGCUGCCCCAGAACUUGGAAGAGAAUCCAGACGAAUGCUUCAAGAAGGCCCUUCUCUUCCCCCUACUGGAAAUAGAGGCUCCCAAGCAGUGCCUGUUUUUGUUGGUGGACGCCAUAGACCAAGAUUCACUGGACGAUGCAACUAACUGGACAGGUGCGACAGUGAGCUCGGUCCGCAACGAAGACGCAGCCAGCACGGUGGCGUCGCUGCUGGCUAGACAGCAGCACCUCUUCCCGCAGUGGCUCCUGCUGCUGUGCACCGCGCGGAGACACUCCAGGCAGCUCACCAAGAUGUUCACGGGGUUCCGUAAGAUAACCCUGGACGAGCUCCAGCGUGCGCACGUGUCGGCCGACGUGCAGCGCUACGUGCUGGCGCGGCUGGACACCGAGCCCAGGCUGAGGGCUCGCGUGUCAAGCGACUCGGCGGCUGCGGCGGCGGCGGCCGCGGCUCUGGACCACCUUCGAAUCAAGAGCGACGGGUGUCUGUUGUACCUCGAGAAGGUUCUGGACGGUGUCGCAGACGGCUUCAUAGCUCUUCGUGAGAUUAGGGAAAUACCCAGCACUCUGAACGGAUUGUAUCUGUGGCUGGCGCAGAGACUGUUCCAUGGGAGACGAUUCGCUAAGGUUCGUCUCCUGCUGGACGUGCUGCUGGCGGCUCGGUGCGGGGUCACGGAGGAGAUGCUCUACAAAUGUCUGCUCACGAAGGAAUACAGUGUAACACGAGAAGAUUUCAAUAGAAGAAUUCACUUGCUCAGGAGAAUCCUGGUGAUUGAGAAGAGCACGGGCUACCUGUCGAUAUUCCACCACUCGUUCUCUUGCUGGCUGCUGGACGUCAAGCACUGCACGCGGCGGUACCUGUGUUGCCUGGCGGAUGGGCACGCCGCGCUCGCCAUGUACUACACACUCAUAGCGAAACGCCUGUCGGCGCUGGAGAUCCACAACUACGUGUACCACAUGACGCGGCUGGAGCAUCAUCUGUCGUCGCUGAAUAAGAGCAGAGGUGAUCAGGAUGGGCCGGUCGAUCUGCACACUUUGGUCUUGUUGUGGGUGUUGGAUUCUUCGUGCGACGUCGAGUCGGCCCUCAAGAACGAGGUCCGGAGACUGGACAUGUCGCAGAAAACUGAAGCGAGCCACGUCGAAGAGUCGAGCGGGAGGGAGGAGAACGCGCAAACUACAGAUUCCGCCUCAAUUGAGUCAAUAAUGCCGGAGCUGAUCAGCGGAGCCCCAGUCGCUUGGUGCAAAGACAAGCGGGUCGCGAGGGCGCUCUACGAACUAGCUAAAGGUCCGGCCCUGCUCGACCCCAGCGACGUCGGAGCCGGAGAGGUGAUAAUAGAGCAGUCGAACGAGGAUGAGGUCCCACAGGAAUCUUGUGAGGAACGAGAGGAUCCCAUAGUCCUGGAUCCGAAUAUCAUCCACGAGCUGGUCGCUAGGGGUGACGAGGAAACCCUGGCUACGCUUCUGAAGCGUCACCCGGAGCUGGUGGGCGCGGGGGGCGGUGGGGAGGCGGGGCUGCAGGCGGCGGCGCGCGCCGGGCGGGCGGGCUGCGCGCUGGCCCUGCUGCGUGCGGGGGCGGCGCCCGACGUGCCUGACGCUGACGGCUGGAGCCCGCUCCGAGCCGCCGCCUGGGCUGGACACACCGAGGUUGUGGACGUGCUGCUGGAGUACGGAUGUGACGUCGAUUGUGUGGACGCGGACAACCGGACCGCGCUGAGGGCGGCGGCGUGGUCCGGCCACGAGGCGGUGGUCUCCCGGCUGCUGGCCGCCGGCGCAGCCCCGGACCGCGCGGACGCGGAGGGCCGCACGGCGCUGAUAGCCGCCGCGUACAUGGGGCACGCCGAGAUCGUGAGGGCGCUGCUGGACGCCGGGGCCCGCGUGGACCACGCCGACGAGGACGGUCGCACGGCGCUGGCGGUGGCGUCGCUGUGCGCGGGCGGCGCGGCGUGCGCGGCGCUGCUGCUGGAGCGCGGCGCUGACGUCACGGCGCACGACCGCGACCACGCCACGCCGCUGCUCGUCGCCGCCUUCGAGGGUCACACCGAGAUCUGCGAGUUGCUGCUGGAGGCGGAGGCGGACAUCGAGGCGUGCGACGGCGCCGGGCGCACCGCGCUGUGGGCGGCGGCGUCGGCCGGGCACGCCGACACCGUGCGCCUGCUGCUGUUCUGGGGCGCCUGCGUGGACGGCAUGGACGCCGAGGGCCGCACCGUGCUGUGCACCGCCGCCGCGCAGGGCAACGUGGAAGUGGUGCGGCAACUCCUCGACCGCGGCCUGGACGAGCACCACCGUGACAACUCCGGGUGGACGCCCCUGCAUUACGCCGCUUUUGAAGGUCACAUCGAAGUGUGCGAAGCGUUACUAGAGGCAGGCGCUAAGGUGGACGAGGCCGACAACGACGGUAAGGGGGCGCUGAUGCUGGCCGCCCAGGAGGGACACACCAGGCUGGUGGAGAUCCUCGUGGACGACUGGGGGGCGCCCGUCGACCAGAGAGCUCACGACGGGAAGACCGCUUUAAGGCUGGCUGCUCUGGAGGGCCAGUUCUCGACGGUGUCGGCGCUGCACGCGCGCGGCGCGGACGCGGACGCCGUGGACGCGGACCGGCGCAGCACCCUGUACGUGCUGGCCCUCGACAACCGCCUCGCCAUGGCGCGCUUCCUGCUGACCUCCUGCGGCGCCAGCGUGCACACGGCCGAUGCUGAGGUUCGGACUCCCUUGCACGUAUCAGCGUGGCAGGGUCACACCGACAUGGUGAAUUUGCUGAUCACAGUAGGAGGGGCGCGCGCGGACGGGCGGGACGCGGCGCGGCGCACGGCGCUGCACGCGGCGGCGUGGCGCGGGCGGCGGGCGGCGCUGCACGCGCUGCUGCGGCACGGCGCCGACCCCUCCGCACUGUGCUCGCAGGGAGCCACGCCGCUAGGUAUAGCGGCCCAGGAAGGUCACGAGGAGUGCGUCCUGUAUUUGCUGCAGUAUGGCGCUGAUCCCCAGCAGACCGACCACUGUGGUCGGACGCCUGCGAAAGUCGCCUGGCGGGCGGGCCACGCGAACAUAUGUCGCUUGUUGGAACGGUGGCCGACGGUCAGCGAACAGCUACCACCGACGGCGCCGCCGCUGGCCGCCAGAACGCCCAGUGCUGGCUCACCGGAGUUCAAACGCCGCAGCGUCCAUAGUUCGAACUCGACCAAAUCCUCGUCGAACCUGACCGGGGGCUCGCACCCGUCGCACGAGCCCGAGCCGCCCGCGGAGCCCCACGACAAGGGCCGCGCGAGUCUGUCGUUCGCGCAGCAAGUGGCGCGCUGCGGGCGGCCGCGCCGCGGGCGCGAGCGGGACAGCACGAUACCGGAGCACGCGGCUGCCGAGGACGACGCCAAGCUGAGGAGUUACAUAGCGCACGAGCGAGACGCCGAGCUCCGCGGUUACGUGUGCGAGCGGGACAGGCGGCGCGACGCUCGCCACGGGUGCGAGCGGGACAGCACGAGCCCGCUGUACGCGUCGCCGCCGCGGAGUCCCACCAGCGACAUCUGCAGCCCUACACAACCUACUGUAGCUUUUGGAUCCCAGCCGCCGAGCCUGUCGACCGUCCAGCCCGGGCUCGCGGACCCUCACUUCAACAGAGACACGCACAUGAGGAUCAUACUGGGCAGGGACAGCAAACCGGCUCACGAUAAAAACGACAGUGCAUUGUGGACGACGAAAGGAAGGCUAGCCUGCAACAAGUUAUUCGGGAGUAUCGAGAGAACGAGAGGCAGGAUAUUAAAGAAAACCAAGAACAAAAGAAAUGGAAUCGUCACGAAUCCAGCGAUGAGAUUGGUGGCGAACGUCAGGAAUGGACUCGAUAACGCGGCGGCCAACAUCCGGAGGACCGGCGUCGCCCUGGCGGCCAGCACUAGCUCCAACAAUCCGGCAGUCAAGUCCAACGCGUUCCAGUGGAGGAAGGAGACGCCGUUGUAACCUGCCACAGGAACCUCACGCAGCUUUUAUCGAGCUUACAGCUAGCCAACUCCUGAGCGGCGGUCUACUUGGCUAUGAGCAUGGGUUAUAUCCACGAGCGACGCUGAGCCGUAGGACCGUCUAUCUUCGUGAACGUACGAAGAAAUGGAUUAUUAAAAGUAUGAAUUCGGGAAGUACACGCAGUGAGCUCAGGAUCUGUAGUCACCGAGCCGCGUUGAAGUACUCACUGAACUUCAAAUAGUUUCCCUCGAAGAACCGCGGAGAGUACUCGAAGCGUCCUUAAAGCUUUCGAUUAAUUUUGCAAGUUAUUUUCUUUAGCAAUCAAAUUAUCGCUCCAAAAAAAAAUUACAACCUACCUACUUUAAAUAAAUAAAAAAUGAUGUGCGUCAUUGUAAUUGAAGACAUGUGAGUGAUUUGAAGUUAUUUUUUUAACAGAACACAAUCUCUUUUCUAUACGAUACGUUAUAAAUAGCAUUUUUUAUUCAUCUACCCACAGUAUUGUUUUUUUGUGAUUGCGUACGUAGAUGUAAAUUAUACAAGAUGCUGUGUGAUUAGAUGGUACUUUAAGCUGUUUGUAGUAAGGCAGCGGUGCAUCGCGACCCUGGGACGGGGUACGAAUACCGUAUUUAGGUUUCGUGUGUGUGUGAAUGAGAUAUAUAGUUAAAUAUAUUUACAUCUCGCUCUCUCUCUCUCUGGGGUGACGCGCGAGUUCCAAUCGAAAUGCUAAAUGCUAAUUAUAUACGCGUUUAGGUAACGCCGUGUUUAUUUUAUGGUAAUGUACAAAAAAUAACAGUGAUAAAUUUAAUCUUCUGAAUAUAUAAAUAUAUUUUUUCAAUUUAAAAAAUCGCCUAAAAGUAAAAAAGUAUUUAAAUAUAAAUAGUAAAUGUAAGUACAAUGAAUUAGGGCAAGAAUAAAAGUAUUGCUUUUACAAUGAACAAACAAUAAAUUUAAUUAAAAAAUAAUUAUAAAAACAACUCGUAUGAAAACGAAAACUAGUCUUUAGUUAUUUUAUAUACAGGACGUUAGUAUUGAAAAAAAAAAGUAAUAGAAUAACUGUUUUUUUUUAAAUAAAAUGUUAAUAAAAGCUAUGUUAUACAAUUAUAAUCGUAUUUAUGAAUUCACAACUGAGUUCUUUCAAAUUUGCUCUGCUCCGUAAUAAUUUAUGACGUCAGUUUCGUUACGAUAUGGGCGUGCGAGAGAGAUGGCGAUACAUUCUCUCCCUCCAACCCGGCCUCCGCUCGAACCAAGUCAUCGUUUUGUCGUAACUGAUUUCUACGUUGUAUUAAACCAUUCAGCGUAUACAGUAAUGUAAUGUAAUUUUUAAGGUUUGAGGCUUGAGCUGAAUUACCUUCAGACCUCGAACUUUCAUAGCUUGGUCUUUACCCUGUAUGUACAAGUCUAACGCUCUCAUAUGUAACGCAGCCAGGAAUUUGUCAGGCCAAAUGAAUAUGAGCGCUGAUGCCGUUGAAAUACGGACUGUAAUGCGUUACGUCAACGAAGACUCGCGCUAUCUCGCUCAGUUGCGGGGAAGACGGCGUGCACGCACGCUCUUUCGGAAAGUUGGGCUUGGAUCAGAUUUAGUUUGCAACUUCGCCUAUAAGUGCAAGACCAAAAUUAGCAAAAAUUAAGUAGCUAUAUAUUUCACUCUAGACCAGGGAUUCUUAUCUGACUUAAAAGUUUUUAAAUUGGUUAUUCAUAUAAAUAGGAAAAAACACGAUAUUUUUUUGGGCUUAGGUAAUCAUUCCAUUUUGGGAAAUGGUUCUAGUGUCAAAUACAGCCUGGGCAUCCCUGCUCCAGACGUUAAACGAGUGGAUUAAAAAAUGAAAAAUGGCCGCCUCAAUUUGACGUAAGUAGACUUUGACAUUGACAUUUGGGUCGAAGCUUUCAAACGUCAAACAUAAAAAAUUAUACCUAUAUUAUAUUUAAAUAACUCACAAUUCGUAGUUGAUCUCAGAACGAACAAAGUUUUUGUGUGGCUGUCUGCGUGUGAAUGUGUUUUUUGGUUUGCGUGUCUGCUGUGGCGUGUUACGACCGAAUGUUAUGGGUUACGAAGCGAACAUGUUACGGUCAUAUUCGGGACUCUGUUAAUUCCUGAAAUUCAAGUGAAACACGUAAGCUUAUUACAAACAAAUUAGAAUUAAAUAUUUUUAUAAUAUUCUUUCACGGAUAAUAACUCACAAUUAAUGCGGACAUAUUUAUGUGUGUGUGUAUUUUUUUUUAAAAUAUGAAUUCGUCUAGGGCAAUCUGUGUUUUAUUGAUAUGUAGAUUAUAUAGGUUUUUUAUUGACUCGUAAAUCAUUCAUAUAGUUAUCGGAUCCAAUGUACCGGAGACGCUGAUCUUAGCCAUAUACUCAUGAAUACGUCAAUAUAGCUUUUAGCCGACUUUGGUUACGGCCUGACCUGUGUGCUUAGUACAGCUUUUAACGUUCUCGAUAGAGUAAAAGUUAAAAUUUGUAUGCAGUUGGAACAGCGCCCCUAGCGGCUAACGUAGGCAAACAUUCCAAAUCCAUACAAAUUUGAGUUAACUUUUACGCUAUCGAGAACUUUAAAAGCUCGCACUAAGCACACAGAACCGGCCGCCCGGGCAGCAAUCUAACGCGCUUAAAAAAACAAUAUUCGCUUUAGCUGAUCACAAUCCACUACUAAAAGUGAAGCUUAACUCGUAAAAUUGCUAAAACGCAACCGACAUUUCAAAUUAUAUAUAUAUGUAAAUACAUAUGUAUAAUAAUAUAAUGUAAAGAUUCUGUAAACAACAGUAAAUAAAAAAAGAAGAAACAAGAUUGCUUUUGUUAUUAAAAACUCAAUAGUUUAAGAAUAAUGGUACUAUGUAUAAUUUAUUUAGUCUAGUAUUAAAAAAUACAUUUCUAAAACUGUUUUUAAUACUAGACAUUUUAAGCUAAUUUUUUUUAUAUGAAUUUGAGAAAUGCAUUAAAAUGCUUGCUUGAGAAAUCAUAAUCAUUACACAAAAAAAAAACAUUGACAUGUGUCUAAUAUACAGUAAUCCCCUCUAUAACACGGUAGAUUGGUUCCGCGUUAUGGAGAACGCAUUGUAGGGGUUUACUCGCAUAACGCGCUUUUAUGACGCCAUAUAACGCGUUAUGUACAAAUAAGUAUAAUAAAAUAUAACUGAUGUCUUUAUAAUUAAAAAAUUAGGAACACAAAUUUAAUAAAUUUACCUAAUUUUAUAACAACACAGUUGAUACAAUGCGCAAAAAGGCGAAACUGUACAAAUCAUUAUAAAUUUCACAGUCUGUAUAUGUAUAACGCGUUAUACCCGUGUUAUAGGAAGGUCGCCUAAUAUGAAAACGCGUUAUAAGAGUACCGUGUUAUAAGGGGAAUAACAGUAUACUUUAUAGCGCAUUUGAAUGAUAUUCAAUUUUAUUUUCGUAUUUAUCUGAUCUAAAAGAAUCUUAAUUCGAGGCAUAUGUAUCAUGAUGUAUUAAUUGACUAGUCUUUAUAUUAUUUGUAAUUAGAUUUAGUGAGUAUAUGUAAUCGAAUGAAUGUUUUAUAUAUGAGAUUUAUAUUUAUUUUCCAAAUCGCCCAUUUUCUUGACUGAUCUAUGUGAAAUGUAUUUUUAAAAAGAUUAACCCUUUUAGUGCUGAGCUUAUUUCCACAUUUUUGCAAAAAUUGCUAAAGGAUUUAAAAAAAAAAUCACCUUUAAAUAAAAUACAAAAAUAAAUGCCAAAUUUACAGCAGAAUAAUUUUAAAUUAUUGGUGAUCAAUAAGUGUUAUUAACUUAUUAAAAACCUAAUGGAUACCUAAUACCUAUAAUCAGAAUGCGCAAUAGUCGGUAUUCCCAUGCUCCAAACUUUAUACACAUUAAAAGAGAGUCGAUCUAUCGACGGUACACGCUCUAAGGGUUAAUUGUCCUAGUUUCUUGUUGUUUUUCUGCAAUACAAGCGAAAUCAAUUUUUACUUCGUGGAAUUAACACUUUUUAUAUCAAUAACGCUGUAGAAACACGCGACAUUAAUCCAUGGACCUUUAAAUUAAUCUAAUAUUACUGUUUAUUUUAAAAUGUCAUUGAACUUUCAUCAACAAAGCCCACUUCGUCAUCUCUGUCAUUUUUUAAAUUGAAGAAAAGGGACAGAUGAUGAUUCGAUGGUUCGCUUACAAAUACAGGCCUUCUAUUAUCAAAACCGAUCCUAAUUCGAACCUGCUUCAAUAAAAUGUUUCUGACUUUGACAUGUGUCAUCGUUGACAGACGUCAAAAUUAUUGGAACGGAAUCGUUGCGGGCAGCCAGCUCUGAAUCGAUCGCAAAUUAAAUCGCACGUAGAUGAUAUUAUCUAGAAUCUGUAGAUUUGAUUUAAAAAUGUGAAUUGAAAAAAAAACCACCUGUGUUUUGAUCAAGAGUAAAUUAUAUUGAGGAAUGAGAGUGUAUUUGGUUGACGCGACAUUUUUGCAACUUUACAGCAGAGCCAUUUAAAGUUAAAAUUUGGAACAAAUAUCAUAACAAAAAACUUCUUCAGCUAUUUGAAUGGAGUAAACUCAAUUUUUUUUAUUGCCCUUGUAGGCAGACGAGCAUACGGCCCACCUGAUGGUGAGUGGUUACCGUCGCCCAUGGACUUCAGCAAUGCCAGGGGCAGAGCCAAGCCGCUGCCUACCGUUAAUUACUAUGCACAAUCAUCGUUUGAAGAAGGAUAUGGAUAUGAAUUUCAAUUGAAAACAUCAAAUUGUUGAUACUAAUACCAGAUAAAACGGGCCUUUAAUUACUAAGAUAAAUGUCGCGUGUUAAGCGAAAUGUCGCUUGAACCAAACACCCGUUUACCCUUCGAUAUUAUUUUAUAACGUCAUUUCAAAAUCAAUGUAAUUAAACAAUAAAUAAAUCUAUUCUCAUAGUUGGAUAUUAUAAUGAAUAGAUGAUUUAGUGUUGUUAUAAAAAAUGGAGCCUAACGAAUUAAAUUAAUUAGACAGACGCAUUUAAACAAUUUCUGAAUAGAACUGUUUAGUUUUACGUCGAAACUAUAUGUAUAGUAUGUGUAUGUAUUGAGACUAUAGUUGUUUGGUAAAAUAAAUCUAAAAACAG